AUGGCAACACACACAGAAUCAUACUCAACACUGCCAUCAGCUCGUCAAAGCAAAAUGAAAAUCGACGCCUUACUCAACCCAGGCGAUGGAGAAAUCUCUCCACGAACCCAACACGCCUCAAUCCCACCAUCCCACCGCCACAGCUACCACCAACCCUCACCAAGCUUCCCCCCAAGCCCAAACUACUGGUACAACCGCUCCUACCACAACACCAGCCCAGGUGCACUCUCAAGCACAACAACAGCAACAACCCAGAGCACCAGCACAAACGCCAGUCACCACAGCGUAAACCCCUCUCAAUCCCACCAGAUGUUCUUCACCUACCGCCCCUCAACAAACAGCGCAAACGCACACCGCGCAAGCGCGAGCACAAACCAAAGCUCGCUGUCCGCGCCCUCUUCGCCGGACCCUUACCAUCCUCGCGAGCGCUACUCAAGCGUCUCGAGCUCGUCCUCGACAAACGGCGACCGUCGUCGUCCCCCCCGUCCAAAGUACGAGGAAGAGGAAAUGUACUUCAUCUGGUACCACCGUGUCGAUCUGUGUCAGGAGUGGAAGGAGGUCCGUGAGGCUUUCAAUCGCCAGUUCCCGGACCGUCAGAGACGCGGUUUCCAGGGUAUCCAGUGCAAGUUUUAUCGCUUCAUUAAGGAGAAGAAGUGUCCCACCCUGCGGGAGCAGAGGCGUAUGCGGGAUGGGGAGUUCCUGAGGGAGGGGGCUUCGGCUGCGCUUGCUGGGGACCAUGGGGCGGCGCCCAAGUUUGGGGUUAGGGAAUAUACUAAUGUUUGGUAUCCUUGGAUGAGGAAGGAGGGGGAUGUUGCGUUGCGACGGUGA